AUGUGCGCCGAUGACAACAAGGCCGUCGAGGCCGUCAACAAUGACUAUCUGGUACAGUCAGAUGACCCUGAGCACCCGGCCAAUCUGAUUCCGGACCUUUGCCGCCGCUUCUACAACUGGGGAUGGGUGACUGGCACUGGUGGUGGAACCUCCAUUCGUCAUGGGGAUCAUAUCUUUAUCGCCCCUUCAGGUGUCCAGAAGGAGUUGAUGAAGUCGGAGAACAUUUUCGUGGUUCAAUGGCCCACCAAGAAGUACCCCGCUGAAGAACGCAACUAUAUCCGCAAACCCCUCAAACUGAACCCCUCCGCCUGCACCCCGCUGUUCUUGACGGCAUUUGAGCACGGUGCAGGCUGCUGCAUCCACACUCACUCACAAUGGGCCGUUUUGGUGACCUUGUUGGUGGAGCGCGAGAAGGGUCCCGAUGCUUGUUUCGAGAUCAACAACAUCGAGCAAAUCAAGGGCAUUCCUCGUGGAAAGGGCAAGGGCAUGCUUGGGUUCUUCGAUACUCUGAGCAUUCCUAUCAUUGAGAAUACUGCUUUUGAGGAGGAUUUGACCAGCGGCCUCGAAGCCGCGAUGGACAAGUACCCUGACACGUAUGCGGUACUCGUGCGCAGACAUGGAAUCUAUGUCUGGGGUGACAACGUCGCCAAGGCAAAGACUCAGUGUGAGUCCCUUGACUACCUGUUCCAGCUCGCUGUUGAGAUGCACAAGCUUGGAUUGCCCUGGGUGAAAUAG